UGGCGAUAAUUCUUAAGCCGACAUAUUUCACCCAUGUGCCCAAAGACUCAAAGUGUGACCAGGUGCAGGCAUUGAGAUGAUCUCCCCGGACGAGAUGGAGUUUCUGGCGGAGGGCGGCACGCUCAAUAUCAUCCCGAACUUCCAGCAGGACCGACUGUACCUGAUCGGCGGGGACGUGGGCCCUUUCCGGCCGGCGCUGCCCGUCACCGUGCCCGUCUGGCUGGCCGUCAACCUGCGACAGCGCAGCAAGUGUCGCAUCGUGCCGCCCGACUGGAUGGACGUGGCUCGCCUGCAGGAGAAAAAGGAGGAGGAGAAGAACUCCGCACAUUUCACGCCCAUGCCCAGCGAUCACUACAUGGAGGUAACGCAGCUGAUGAUUGACGUGGCGCCUGGAGACCUGCCGCGGGCCGAUGAGAUACGCACCAUCAUCAAGGACAUCUGGGACAUCCGCGUGGCCAAGCUGCGCUCCUCGGUGGACGCCUUUCUCAAGUCCAACUCGUCGUACGCCAAGCUGGACCACCUGACGCUGCUGGAGCUGAACACCGUGCGCCCGUUCCUGAACCACUCGCUGGACCAGCUGUACCGGGUCAAGAAGGACACGUACCGGAGUUUGACGCAAGACAACAGUCGGCUGGCGUCGUGACGGCCGUGGUCUGGCCGUGGACAGAGGCCCUGCCGCCGCCGUCGUGGCCGCUCUGGCUUUGGAUCGUCAGUCGUCGCCUCGGUGAGCCGGUCGUGACCGGCCUGGUCUGGCCGCUGACAGAAACCGAACCGCUGCUGCGGGCGCGGAGCAGGACCGCCGUGAGAGCCGCUGUUAGCUCGGGGUAGGACGGCCGUGAGAGCUGCGGUUAGCUCGGGGCAGGACCGCCGUGGGAGCCGCUGCCGUUAGCUCGGGGCAGGACCGCCGUGAGAGCUGCUGUUAGCUCGGAACAGGACCGCCGUGAGAGCCGCUGCAGACAGGUGCGGAAGUCCGGACGGCGAGCGGCGUCGACCGCAGGGCCGGGGCCAACUCUGGUGGCGGCUCCAUCCGUUGCCGUGCAGCACACCACGCCCACGAAUGACAGGCCAGACUACGGACGCCAGCGUCUGUGCGCGUUCGAGGCUGGAUGGACGUCGCUCGCUACCAUCGCGGCGUGGUGCGGCCAGCCGACGCCAGUGACAUGGACGGCCCUUCUAUCAGACUGUGCUUGUGAGGCUUGUCUUGCGAUAUCGAGCCUGAUAGGCCGCUAUACGUGAGGCUGACCUUUGUACGGUGCAGUGCGCGCCAACUGCGGUAUCAAUUGCGAGUUGCGUGGGUCAGAACCUCUGCAAGCAUUUUGAAUGGUUUUGCACCUUUGUUUUAUAAAAAGCAAGGCUGGUCAAGCAUCGCCUGGCGUCCAAAACGUUAGUUUUGAGGCAGUCAGUU